AUGGCCACCAUUCGAGACGACAACAGUUUCGAUGUGGAGGCUUUUCUGGCCGAAGAGCGGCAGGAUGUUGAGAAAUCGCGACGCCAGGCGCAAGCAGAAGCUCGAGACCCCUUCGGUCGGCAUCGCUGGGUUUGUCUUCAAAACCUGCAGACCACAGCUCUCAAUGGCAAAUAUGCAGAGGUUCUGGUGCCGCUCAACCAAGACUCCAGGCUCGGCGUUCGCGUUCAGCAGGAGGCAGCGCCCAAACUAAUCAAACAAGUCAAUCUGAUGGCCAUUCCUGAUGAGGAGACUGUGCAAGUCUGCCGCAUAGCUGCGAAAGGAGAGGAUUCUUUUCUUGGUGGCUACAUCCAGGACACGCGCUGGCCCCUUGCUAUCCUGCAGAGCAUGCCAUGGACAGUUUCUCCCAUCUCUGCUCGACUUGGCUUUCCGCUGCGUGUAACUCGCGUGCCUGCUCGCUCCAAGCUUUCACGCCGUGAGGACUUUGACAACCAGUGGGCCACGUACAUGCUGAUCGAAAUCAGAUCGGGCUUCGCGCCAGACGAGUGGCAGGCUUUCGUGGGCCCUGUUGUGGUAUGGAGGCCUGAUGGAGAUGUUUCUUCGGACGACAUGUGUCUCCUGAACGACUUCUUGUCCGACCUCCUCGACGGUCCCUACAGUGAGGGUACCAUGAAUCCAGACCGCGAUCUUACGCCCACAGCAUGGGCUCGUCAUCGGAGCCGAUCUCUGGAGAACGCACGUUUCAACCCAGAUUCUGAACAGUAUGAGGACCUGCAUUUCUGA